CGUACUUACGGAAUUUAUUAUACCUUUAUAGCACAAAGUGAAAGUAGCACGGGAUAUGGCUACAGAGACUGGAGGUCAGUGUUACUGUGGAACGCCAGACAUAACAAGUUCAUACUACUUUUCAUGUGAAAAAUGCAAGAAAAAGUUUCAUGAAGAAUGUUUGAGAAGUGGUGCACCCUCUGUAUUAAAGGGAGACUAUCUGUAUAAAUUUAAAUGCGCUGUAUGCGAUAGUGAAGAAGGAGAGGAGCUGACACGUAUGAGGCUACAAUGGGUACAGGUGGUUCACUUGACACUGUAUAAUCUACAACUAGCAGGAGCUGGAAUGUGUGGCUAUUUUAGGUGGAAGGAACAUAUUUGUUCAUUUAUUGACAGUCAUUGGACAACAUUCUUCGGAUCACAAAGAAAGAAGACAUCACUAUGGCAUGGUACAGUGGCUGGUGUGUUAUCACAGGGUUGUCCUACCAUCUUUGAGUCAGGUGCUAAUGAGUUGAAGGAGAGUGGUUGGUGGAAACUGAAAGAGUUACAGCCUCCAAAUCCUCAUAGACAAAGUACACCUAGCACAAAGCCAGCUGUUAAGAAGAAGGAAAUUUCCCCUACAUUUAAAGAUGCCCCUAAAGAAGGUUUGAGAAGUAGGAGGGGCAAGACCUCUAUAGAGGCAGCUAUGGAACUUAAAGCUAAAAGAUCAACGUUGACAGAAGCUAAAGAGAUAAGAAAAACCAAGUUAGCUAAAAGUCAGGCUGAUGAAUCAAAUUUAUUCAACCAGUCUGCCGAAAAUCUACAGCCUAAACCCGAAUCACAACUGAACCAGUCAAUAGACUGUGUGCAAUAUACAGAUAAUACCCAGUCUUCAUCAAACACAUCAGAACAAGUACAUCAUGUGACUUACCAAGAAGGCAGUACACCGCUAAAUUCUAGAGAGAUGACAACUGGUCGCCAGGAAAAACUUCUAGCUUUCACAGGAUUGUUCUCUAAGAGUGAUUCAGCUACAUUAUUUACUGAUGGAAGUGGAGCGGUUACAUCGAGCUGGUCAAUGGUGUCAUCAAGGUCAGGGUCAAUGGCUGAUUACAGUGAUGAGAGCAGUAGUAAUAUCUCACAGAGCAGUUAUCUUACAGAGAAAGACCUACAGUUUCAAGCAACUGUCCCCAACCUAUUAUUAUCAGAUGAUGGCACAGGGGGUCAUGAUGCAGAUGAAAGUGACCUUGAGAUUGACCCGGGAACCAUUACUCCUCCUGGUUCCCCUAUCAGAAUGCAAGAAUCUCCAACAGUACAGGAAAUGCUAUCUGCAAUAGAUGAGAGUAGUUACCUAGACAACAGUAACCUUGACAACAGUUGUCAAGGAAGUACUUCCAUGGAUACCAGUAAACCUGACAGUUUGUACAGUAGCAAUAACCAGGCCAAUUUUUCAUUCUUCAGAAAUAUAGAUAACAACACCAGCCAAGGUGAGAUGGAGACAGUUAAAUCUGUUGUAGAUUCAGAAAGUGACAGUGCAUCAUCCUUGUCUUCAGAUGGUGAAGAUGGACAGAUGGAUGGAGAAAGUGGAGAGAAAGAAGAAAGUAGGAAGAAAAGAAAAUUGCAAACGGAGGAACAGUCAACAGCAGUUGUAGUCCCAAAAUAUCAAUACCAGUUGAUGAGCACAUACGAUGAGAGAUUACUUUUGAAGAAACUAGAAUCAGUAUCUGAUACCUGUAAAUUACCUCCACAUCUCAACAGGUUAAAAAGAAAACUAAAGGUCAGGCAGCUGAAGAGAGAACAUGGUGUGCCCCAAUUUGAUCUUGAUGCAGAAAUGAACAAAUUAUCUCAGCGAUGUUUUGGUUUAAAUACUGAAAGGCUCAUCAACAAUCCUGGCAAUUGUUACCAUGGAGACAUGAGAAUUCUGGACAAAUUUCAGACAAGUGUGAACAACCUUUCCAGAACCCAGUUGUACCAGCAGCCUUCGUUUCUCAAUAGACUUGUUGGAUAUGAAGAUGAUCAGCUGCAUACUGUGUGUAGUCCUUACACUGCAAGGAUUUUAAAGCCAUUUAUCCGGCGAGAUUAUGAGUCACGACCAUUAAAGAUGAGAUUAUUGGCAGAGAUAAAAGCCUAUCCACACAGAAAUGAUCCAUCAUGGAAACCAGAACCUUUACCUCCUAUAGAUUAUUGUUAUGUGAGACCUCAACAUAUAGCAUCAGUUAAUGCUCUAUGCAGGGAAUGUUUCUGGCCAGGAAUUGAUGUGUCAGAGUGUCUGCAGUACCCAGACUUUAGCUGUGUAGCUUUAUUCAGAAAAAUUGUAAUAGGGUUUGCAUUUAUGGUACCAGACGUGAAACAGAAUGAGGCAUAUAUAUCAUUUAUAUUUACUCAUCCAGAAUGGAGGCGGGCACACAUGGCAACAUUUAUGUUAUAUCACCUCAUACAGACAUGUAUGGGUAAAGAUGUCACUCUUCAUUGUUCAGCCACUAACAACGCAAUGUUACUCUACCAGAAAUUUGGAUUUAAACCAGAAGAAUACAUCCUGGACUUUUAUGACAAAUAUUUUCCUGCUGAUACAACUCAAUGUAAACAUGCGUUUUUAUUAAGACUCAGAAGAUAAAACAAUUAAAGUUUCAAUCUGUA